AUGCGGCGGAAAAUCCAGUCGCUCAUCGUCGGAUAUGGCGUGCCGGCCAUCUGGUUCACCAUCAACCCGAACGACAUUACGAACCCGGUGAAGCUGCGACUGGCGGCAUACCGCACACGCGAUCCCGACGCGGCCGAGGAGUUCUUAGAAGGCCUUGGGGAUGCGUAUAAGCGGGCACGGCUGGCGAUAUCGGAUCCCAUGAGCUCGGCCGUGUUCUUCCACCGCGAGAUGAAGCUGUUCUUCGAUCAUUACGUGAAGGUCGGUGAAGAGUCGGUAUUCGGGCGCAUCGGCAAGUACUAUGGCGCCGUGGAGACGAACGAACGAGGGCGCUUCAUGUUCACGGCUUGCUCUGGCUGCACGGGAACGCGCAUCUCAGCUCGAUGCUUGCCGACAUCCACGGGGAGGAUCAGGCGGCGUAUCGCGAGCGAAUCGUCCGAUACAUCGAUAGCGUCUUCUCAGAGGAUCUGGACCAGGAAAGUUUUGCGCCGUGCAAGCGGAGCGAUCUGUGACAGGCGGUAUUGGUUCCUGCUGGACAACGCCGCGCAGUUCUCGGCCGCGUUUAUCGAGGAGGCCAACUUCUGUGCCGGCGCGACGCAGGAGGGCGGAAGGGGACCUCUGCCGGUUCAAGGCGCCAUGGAGAUCCGGAGGACACACAGCAUGGUCAAUCGAUGGAACGAGGCUAUUGCUGUCGGGCUCCGGCACAACCAUGAUAUUUCCUUCAUUGCGACGCAGCGCAAGACAAUGGCCCUCAUCUAUUAUGUCACGAACUACGCGACCAAGGUGGAGGACCCGGUGUGGAAGCGUGUGGCGGCCGCGGCCGAGCUCCUGGCCGCCUCAACAGGGAACAGGACGCGACAGUUCCUGAUGAGAGUGGCGAACCGCGUGUUCACGGAGCGUCCGCUAUCACAGGUCGAGGUCGUCGCUCACCUUCUCGGAUAUCCGGCCGAGUUCACCGACAGCAGCGCGUGGGCGUACCUGAACUGUUCUCUGCUGUACUGGGAAGUCUUUCGGCGAUGGCGGCAUCUCCGAGAAGCCAGUGGCGCUGCGGCUACGGAUGACACCUUGGAUGAGUCGGUGCUCAGGCGGCCGGGCAAGCACGCUACCGUCUGCCUCGACGGCUACCUGAGCAAGGACUUCACCUACGAUGACGAGUCGUGCUACCGGAGGGCAGCCGUGCAGCAUCUUGCGCUGUUCGUGCCGUGGGAGUCCUUCCUGGGCGAAGGAACAGGUGAGAUCAACAGCAUCUGGGCGCGGGCUCGAGACGCUAUGGCCCCGAGAAUAUCAUGUCUGGUCGACAACGUGCAGCUGCUUCGACGAUCCGCCGAAGACGCAAAACGCGACGCCAAGCAAUGGGCAGCCUCGUCCGGCGAUGGCGACCCGACGGUCGCACACGUCGAGGAGGGUGGAGCAGGCGAGGCGGGCGCGGAGUCUGCAGCGACAUAUCAGCCCAACAGCAUCGGAGACGCAACGCGGCUCAUCGACGUCGUCCGAGGUGCAGUGGGAGCGAAUCAGGUGACGGCCAAGUCGCCGGAGCUCAUGGCAAUGAUACAGCAGCUCUGUCGGUUUCAGCAAUCGGCGCUGCGCUCGACGGCCGAGCUCGAGGCCACGGCGCUGAUCGAACGAGGAGAGGCGGUUAAGCAUGCCAGGGCGGGUAUUUUCCGGGGCCGCACUACCGCCGCAGGAUCAGGUCAAGGCUAUCAAGUCGCAGCAGCGUUGCGAAGGGUGAUGACCGGUUUCGGGGAGGACGAGGUCGAAAUGACGAUGGCCGACUCCGACGAGACCGCUAUCGACGCAGGGGCGGGAAUGGACGUUCAGUUUGGCCCAUCAACCUCCUUCCUCGCGGCGGGCAAGGUGUUGGCAACACGGCUGACGCUGAACAAGAGGCAGUCCAUCGCUUUUCUGAUAAUAUGCCGCCAGCUCGAUUUGAUGCAGCAGACCGACGGGGCGAUGCCUGCCAGCUGCGCCAGUUCGUCGGUGGCGAGGGCGGCGGAGCGGUUCAUCCACGGCCAGUCUCGAAUGGAUUGGCAGGAGAAGGAUGUGCUCGUCAUCGACGAGGUGAGCAUGCUCGGGGCGCGGACGCUGCACGCCGUGAACGAGCGGCUUCGCCGGCUUCGCGGAUCGCGGCAAGAUUUCGGGGGGAUCCCCAUCGUCCUCUUCUGCGGAGAUUUUCAGCAGUUCCGGCCGGUCCAAGAGAGGUCGAUCGUCCUGCCUAGCGCGGCCAUCUCGUGGGACGUAGACAACUCGUUCAAGGCCGAGCAGCGUCACCAGCACGACAAAGCGCACGCACUGUGGAAGAGGUUCACGACGGUCGUCAUGCUGGACGAGCAGAUGCGCGCCGCCGGCGACCCGGAGCUGCAGAGGCUGCUGAAGCGGAUCCGUCUAGGCGUGCAGGAUCGGACGGAUCUAAACCUCCUCAACUCAAGGAAUCGGUGGAACCUGAACAUGGAGGCGAGCCUGGCGUUCCGGGUCCAGCAGCGGUCGACGAUGCGCAUUUUCAUCUCCGAGCACAAGUGGAAGGAGGAGCUGCCGACGGAGGAAGAGGCGAUCAUGAUACUCAACCAGGGCGACGAUAGCGCGAUCCCGGUGCCGGCCGUCUUCAUGUUCGUGGCCGGGAUGCCCAUCGUCGUGAACCACAACACCCACCAGGGGCUGAAGCUAGUGAACGGCGCGAGCUACUCGGCGGUGGAGGUCAUUGUCGACAAGGCGUACCCGGGGCAUCGGAUCUCGGCCGAUAUGACGAUCCACUUCGGGCCGCCGGCGGGAUCAUUCUCGAAUCGGAGACGACGAGAUAUCUCCACUUCGUCGGGAUGCCGCCGGGCACGAUCUUGUUGA